AUGGCGCGUAAAUUACCAUGGAAGAGGGUUUCAGAAACUCAGCAAGAACCAGCAUCCAGUCCGCAGCGCGUGCUGCCAAAGCUCGAGACGCCCAGACGAACCGCGGCAACCCCGAGCAGCGCCUCUGCGGCGAGGCAUCGCCCAGCUGCUCUCGCCGCAUUAGACUCAUCCGAUCCAUUGCGCAGCCCUUCUACAUCUCCUCCCCCCGAGCCGCCCCAGGAAAGGUACAUGCUACCAGGCGAUGACCACUACCGCAUCGUCGAGGAUGAACUGCUGCAGACGGCGCAGCGCUUCACCACGCACCUUCAUCGCGCCGAGUACAACCGCCUCAAGCUCAUUGCCAAAUCCAAGAAUGGUGCCGCCAUUCGCGAGAUUGAGCGUCCCGUCGUCGGCCCGCUCACGUCGGACGCCAAGCGGCGUCGCGACCAGGCCAAGCGACUGUACAAGCAACGAUCUGUGCUGUCGGCCCAAGACGGCAGCGCCAACCAGGACGAGAGCGCAAACGGCAACUCGCCCUGGGCCGGGACAAACUUGAGGGGCCUCUUGAAUGCGCCUCGUGCAGAGACCAGGUCCCUGCUACCUCAGACUUCUGCUGCUUCUGGGCCGCCCUCGUCCCUCACCAAGGCGACGGUCGGCCAUUGUCCGGCACCCCUGCCCACGUCGACGCCGAGACAGAACGUCUCACAUGCCGGCAGCUUCACGACUCCCGUCUCGACACGGCGCGCACGCCAUCCUGUUACGCCCUCCUCGUCGACCAAUAUUGCGUCCAGCUCGUCAACGCCAAGGCGACAUGCCAAGAUUGAGGCUGAGGCCCCGACGUUGGAGGACGACCUAGAUUUUGACGAUCCUUUCGGCAUCAACAAGCGACGGCUAGAUCGACAAAAAUCAAGAGGUCAACUGAAGAAGACUAUCCGCUCAACGCCUACGAAUACGCCGUCAUCAUCAGACACCAUGCCGUCGUUUGUGUGA